AUGGCUAAAGGAGGGUCUGUGACGCAGUCAAUCGACCAGAAAAUCUACGACUUGAUCCAUGAGUUGCUCCAGGAGCGUACGGAGAAGAGCAAAAAGCAAAACCCCGACGAAAACCCCGAUCUGCUUCUACAUGUAGCAUUAGCUCGAGAUCUUACCUCUUCGGAGGUGGUUACCUAUGUCCAAAUCCGGGACUUUCAGCUCAAACGAAUGAAGAGAGCCAUAGUGGAGAAAUCUGUGGAUGUGGUGUUGAAAUUGUGUCGUGAUGACGAGGAGGAGGAACUCGCUGAAGUGAUCAGAAUGAAAGAUGAACACGAUCUAAAACUCGCUGCUCAGGCCGAUAGCGACUUCGAAGGAGUCAAUGCCAACGAUCUCAUGACUGUCAAAGACUCAAAUGCCAUGAAUAAGUCGCUCGUUUCGAUGUGGGAGAAUGAUGCAUCGAAGAACUCGGAAAACGACGAGAAAAAGUCCAAGAAGAGAGCCAAAGACCAGACAAAGGCUGUGGUCAAAGUUAAAAAACCUAAAAUCGACCAUACACCACCAACAUCUAAGCUCUCAUCGUUGGGUGGUCUCCAAGCGAUCACCACACAGCUCAUGGAGUUGGUUGGGUUGCCAAUCUUGCAUCCAGAAAUCUACCAGACCACUGGAGUAGAGCCUCCUCGUGGUGUUUUGCUCUAUGGACCUCCAGGAUGUGGUAAGACCACCAUUGCAAAUGCGUUGGCAGGCGAAUUAGAGGUCCCGUUCAUCAACAUUUCUGCCCCAUCAGUUGUGUCUGGAAUGUCUGGAGAAUCGGAGAAGAAACUUCGCGAGAUCUUUGAGGAGGCCCGUUCCAUUGCCCCAUGCAUCAUUUUCCUUGAUGAGAUCGAUGCCAUUACGCCCAAAAGAGAUGGUGGUGCCCAAAGAGAGAUGGAGCGCAGAAUCGUCGCUCAGCUUCUAACAUUGAUGGACGAGUUGACCCUCGAGAACACUGACGGCAAGCCUGUCAUUGUCCUCGGAGCAACCAACAGACCAGACUCGUUGGAUUCAGCAUUGCGUCGUGCCGGCAGAUUUGACCGUGAAAUCUGCUUGAACGUUCCAAAUGAAGAUCAGAGAUGUGCCAUCUUGCAAACCAUGACUUCCAAUUUGAAGUUGCAGAACGAUGAUUACUUCAACUAUAGAGAAUUAGCAAAGAUGACUCCUGGUUUUGUUGGUGCUGACUUGAAGAGUUUAGUCACCGCGGCUGGUAUUUCGGCCAUCAAGCGUAUCUUCGAGAGCUUGAGUGAAAUCGAGGAGGAAAUCGUUGCUAAAACUGACAACAUGGAAAUCGAUGGUGCGGUGGUACCCACCAAGACAGCCAAUUUGAAUUUCUCCAACAAAACUGAGGAGGAAAAGUUAUCUACCAUCCAGAGAUUUCUCUCCAAACACCCUAGUCCACUUUCAGACGAGCAAUUGGCUCCUCUUUGCAUAACUUACGAGGACUUCAAAACUGCCCUACCCACGAUUCAGCCUACUGCCAAACGUGAAGGUUUCGCUACUGUUCCCGAUGUCACCUGGAAGAACGUGGGAGCACUCAGUAAGGUGAGAAUGGAAAUGCACAUGUGUAUUGUCCAGCCCAUCAAGAAGCCCGAAUUAUACGAGAAAGUUGGUAUCAGUGCCCCUGCUGGUGUGCUUAUGUGGGGUCCACCAGGAUGUGGAAAAACCUUGUUGGCCAAAGCAGUUGCAAAUGAGUCUAGGGCCAAUUUCAUUUCGGUAAAGGGCCCAGAAUUGUUGAACAAGUAUGUGGGAGAAUCGGAGCGUGCAGUCAGACAAGUUUUCCAGAGAGCGAGAGCUUCUGCUCCUUGCAUUAUUUUCUUUGAUGAGUUGGAUGCCUUAGUUCCCAGAAGAACAACGUCAUUGUCUGAGUCCAGUGCACGUGUGGUCAACACGUUAUUGACAGAACUCGACGGUUUGAACGACAGAAACGGAAUUUUUGUUGUUGGUGCCACCAACAGACCUGACAUGAUCGAUCCAGCCAUGUUGAGACCAGGGCGGUUGGACAAAACGCUCUACAUCGAGUUGCCAAGUGCAGAUGAGAGACACGAGAUUUUGAAGACACUCACUAAAGCCAACCGUACUCCACUUGCACUGGAUGUAGACUUGGAAGCAAUUGCCAACGACCAGCGAUGCAGAAAUUUCUCUGGUGCCGAUUUGUCGCUGUUGGUAAGAGAAGCUGGAGUGUUUGCUUUGAAGAAGAAGUUUUUCAGUGGCCAACAGAUCCAGGAAUUGGACGAGUCUGGCUACUAUGUUGCAAAUGAGAACGAUAACUUUAUCGAAGUAACGAACGACGAUUUCUCCAAGGCACUCUCAAAUAUCUCUCCUAGUGUGAGCGAUAAAGAUAGAGCUCGGUACGAGAGAUUAAAUCUGCGCAUGGGAUGGGGAGUGAUCCAGGAGGAGAACAAGGAGGAAAAGAAAGAAGAGGUAGCAUAA